AUGGGGUCCUUCGUCCCUGUCCACUCCUCUCCCAUCACCUUCGUGGGUCUCUCUCCUCCCCCCCCGUCGCCCUCUCUUUCUUCCCUCCCUCCCCGUCACCUUCGCUCUCCCUCCUCCCUUCCUGUCGCUCACCUCGUCGGCUAUAGCUCUCUCCCCGAAAUGCCCUCCUCCCAACGCCUUUCUUCUAACCCCUCCCAUCACACACCUCGUCGCCUACGCUCUCUCUCUGAAACAGCCUCCUCGCGCCCUUCCUCUCUCCUCUCCCAUCACUUUUCCCGUCGCCUUCGCGCUCUCCCUCCCGUCGCCUGCGCGCUCUCCCUCCCGUCGCCUUCGCGCUCUCCCUCCCCUCGCCUUCGCGCUUUCUCCCCCCUUGCCUUCGGGCUCUCCAUCCCGUCGCCCUUGCAAUUUCCCCUCUCUUCCGUCGCCCACUUCAUCUCCUAUCCUGUCGAAUUCCUCCUCUUCCCUCCCAUCCCGUCGUUCACCUCCUCUCCCUUCCCAUCCCGUCUUCUGCGCGCUCUCUCCGCCCUCGCCUUCGCGCUCUCUCCCCCUCGCCAUCGCGCUCACGUUCCUCCCUCCCAUCGCCAUCGCGCUCAGGUUCCUCCUCUCCCCUCCCAUCCCACGUUCGCCUCCUCCCAUCCCGUCGAACUCUUCCUCUCCCCUCCCAUCCGUCGUUCGCCACCUCUCUCCCAUCCCGCGUUCGCCUCCUCCCAUCCCGUCGAACUCUUCCUCUCCCCUCCCAUCCGUCGUUCGCCACCUCUCUCCCAUCCCGCGUUCGCCUCCUCCCAUCCCGUCGAAAUCUUCCUCUCCCCUCCCAUCCGUCGUUCGCUACCUCUCUCCCAUCCCGUCGUUCGCCUCCUCUUCCCUCCCAUCCCCUCGUUCCUCCUCUCUCCCCUUUCUUCCCGUCGCUCUUUUGAUCUCCCCUCCCAUCCGCUGGUUAUUACCUUAUUUUCUCCCCUCGUUCUUGGACACCCCAAUUUUUAA